GUGACUGCCUGUCAAGUCGACUUUUCCAAUCAUCUGCCACAGAGAUCUGCCAUGAGAAAACUGUCAAGAGAGCUGGGUGCUUUUUGCUGAGUAUUUUACUAUUUUUUUAGCUUGAAAAAUACAUUUCCAAGAUUUCCGCUUUACCUAAUCCCGCUAUAAUUUCGCGAGUGUUUGUGAACUGCGUUACAAUUGUGCUAGUUAAAAUGUGACAGAAGUCAUUUUUAAAAAUACAUUGACGAUCGAUACCAUACUUUAAUAUAACAAUUUGUGACGCUGAAUUAUGGAAAAAGCACUGAAAUGGAGUGGUAUUUGCUUUAAUUUAUUUUGUAUCCAGUUAUGUAACGGCAAACCGAUAUAUUCAGAAGACACAUUCACAGGAGUAAAUGAUCCAAGCCAGUUGGUAACAGCAUUGGUAGUUCUGUUAACUAUUUGCAGUUUAGCAUUUAUAGGAGGUUGCUUAUGCUGCCAAAAGAGAAAUGCCCCCAAGCGAUUCCGAGAUACCCCUGUGGUUGCAUCGGGAGCCCCAGAUUUCGACCAUGGACACGUCAAUCCCAUCGCCAAUGGAGAAUUCACCAUUUUUACACCGUUAUCUCCCCACUUGAAUAACAACAUCUUUCUUGCCAGCGAACCAGCUUCCAGAACAUUCGAGAACUAUAAUAAUGAUGGGAUUGAUCUAAACCCUUGGUUCAGUGAACAUGAGAAAGAUUUCCCGAGGAUAAAAUUAAAAUACAUAAAAGAAUUGGGACGUGGUUGGUUUGGAAAGGUUGUCCAAGGUGCGGCCCAAGACAUAGGAGAAAACGGGCAAAUAUGGACGCCGGUCGUCGUCAGAAUUCUGGAUGCAACUUCUAGUCAGAAAGAAAAAGUUCUAUUUUUGCAAGACGCUUCUAUUUACAAAUGUGGGGAACAUCCGAAUAUUUUAAAACAGAUAGGAAAAUGUUUGGAUACCGUGCCAUUUCUACUGCUACAAGAAUAUUGUCCUCAGGGAGACUUGAAAGCCUACCUAAGAGCAAAUAAGGCCAAUGCAGGAAAGCUUUUAGCUGGUGAAUAUCCCUUAUUGUGGUGUUGCCAGUUGACAUCAGCAUUGAAGUUUUUGCACGAGAAUAAAAUAUGCCAUCCCGACUUGGCUGCCCGCAACUGCCAGCUUACCUCCUCGCUUACGCUGAAACUGGGCGACUACGGCCUGGCGGUGUUCCGCUACCCCAGCGACUACUACCAGUCCUCCCCUGGGCUGCCUCUGCGCUGGUGCGCCCCCGAGUCCCUCAACUGCACCCAAACGACCAUCCAGCCCAAAUCGGCUACGCCCGAGAGCAACGUGUGGGCAUUGGGUGUCACUAUGUGGGAGGUCUACGAGUGCGGUGAGCAGCCCUACGUCGGAUUGAAUGACGAUGAGGUCAUUGCGCAGGUUUUGGGGCCGACGGCGAUGAGGUUGGACAGGCCGAAGUGCAACGUUUUGUAUACUGAUUAUAUAUUCCGGUUGAUGCAGUUAUGCUGGGCAACAAACCCCGAGGAACGGCCUACGAUAACUCGCAUCGACCUAAUGCUGUCCGACCUUCUGCAAGUGCCGAAAAACGCCAAUAACUCCAACGUAUCAGCUGAUUCUUCGUUAUCCGUGGACGACUUCGACAGACGGUGGGAGACGUUCAAGCCUAACUACAUCGUGAAAACGGACCACCUAUCGGAUACCGUCUCCGUUGAAAUACACGAACCAUGCAUGAACACGAAGUCGGCUAGUUUGACGAAACUGCAUGGGUCUUUGGACGAUUUGCUUAGAACAAAAGGGCCUCCUGCGGAAUGUUUCAUCGAGGACGAGAUAAGUCACAACUUGAUGACACAAGUGCCUGCUGAUACGAACUCAAUCUCUGAUUCCGACCAAGAAGAAUUCAAAUCAAAAAUGAAAUCAAAACCAAGACCAGCGUCCAGUCGAAUCCCGUUUGUGGACAAUUUUGCAUUCAACAGAAUGAGCAGUGGGAGUGAAACUGAAGAAGAAAAUUGGAGGCACAAAGUGGAAAGAGGCGCCUAUACGGAGAAAGUGAGGAUGAAAUCGCGUUCGGUAGCCGAUCUGAUGGUGCUGACCCACGUGGAUUACUCUGAAUCUGAAUCGGAAACGCCACUUCCCAGUCUGGAUUACAGGGUGAACUAUAAGAAUGUGAGGUUAGCUCCGGCUAGCAAUUUGGAAAGUGCCAACUUGACGUUCGGCAGUGAAGGAAAUUUGUUGGAAGUGGAGAAUACCUUCCAGGAGGAGUUAAAAAAGUUGAAGGAGGGACGUAGAGAUAGUCUUCUUUUUGUACCUGAUAGUUGUAGUCAUAAUGAUUCUAAUAGUAUUAAGAAUGAGGAAGAAGCAACUGCUGUCAAUCCUUCAGAUUUGAUUCACGAACUGAACGAUACAGCAGAAAUAAAACCCGUGAAUCAGAUAUAUAACGUAUUCAAGGUUACCAUAGAGCAUAGUCCCAUACAUGUAAAUAAAAAACUAAACGAAAUUAUUUUUAAUGACUGUAGUCAGCUAAGCUUUGAUACGAUGAAACAAGAUCUUCCAAAAGAUACCUGUAUAUACGAGAAUAAUAGUUGUGAUAGUAACUUAGAAAACAUAUCUGGCAUAGCUAAAAACGAGCUUGAAGAUAAGUCUCAGCUUGAAAUGUCUGAUAGUGAGAAUAAUAAGGAGAAUUUUUGUGCAGAGAUUAAGCCUCAUUUAGACUUGGUGAAAAAUAGUGUAAAACAUAACAGUCAAGCUGAAAAUGAGCUUCAAAAUGUUUCGUCUGAGUCUCAGAUUGAACUAUCUGAUAAUGAAGAGGACAAAGACAAUGGCUUAGCUGAGAAUUCUUGCACGCAGUUUGAACCUCAUAUUGAUUUAGCGAAAGAUGGUGUACAACAUAAUACUCAGGCUGAAAUCGUUUCCAGUGAGUCUCAAUUUGAAUUAUCUGAUAGUAAAAAUAAUAAAGGAAAUGGCACGUCUAAGAUUUUUUGUACGGAGUUUGAGUCUGAAAUAGCUUUGGUGAAAGAUGGUGAACAACAUGAAACUCAUGCCGGAAAUGAGUUUGAAGAUGUUCUGAGUGAGUCUCAUGUCGAAUUAUUCAAUAGUGAGAUGAAUGAAGACAAUGGAAUUGUUGAGAAUUCUUCUACGGAGUUAGAGUCUCAUAUUGAUUUAGUGAGGCACAGUGUACACCAUGAUGAUACUCAUUCUGAAAAUAAGCUUGAAACUGUUUCUAAUGAGUCUCAGUUUGAGCUAUCCGAUAGUCAGAGCAAUAAAGAAAAUAGUAUUAGGAUUUUGAGUGAAAGGCUAGUUGAGGAAAUCUUAAGAGAAGCUAAGCAAGAAGAAACUAGUAUUAGAUCAUUAAGUGAAAAAAUUGCGGAUGAAAUUCUAAUAUAUGCAAAGCAUGAAGAAAGUAGUAUUCGAACUUUGAGCGGGAAACUCGUAGAACAAAUUCUAAGUGAUGCCAAACAUACGAUUGAACAGUUUCCAAAGAAUGGGAAAAUCCCUAAACUCUCAGAAAAGAUACUUAAUAAUAAGAUGUUGGUGGAGUUUAUUGAUUGUCAAAAGUCCAAAGUGUGCAAUUCAAAAACGUGUGAAAACACGCUAAACAUUAGCAGUGAGGAAACUAAGUCAGAAUCUCAAAAUAUUGAAGGUGAACAUCUCGAAAGUUUGCCUACUGUUAAGUUUGACAUCAGCAGCAAUCAAGAACAAGCUAUGCCAAACUCGCUAACUCACUCAAGUAUUUUUUGUAGUACUCCAUUUAAAAAGAAAGAUAUUUCUCUACCCUCAGAAGAUGUCUACACAAGUAUGACUCUGUUUGGUGAUGAACAUCUUGGAGAAAACGAAAACAAGGAAUUGAACUACUCUCUUGAAACUUGGGAUAAUUUCUUAGGCAAGACAUUGGAUCAGAGCGAAAAUUUGUUCGACAGUUUCUCGUCUGAACCUCAGAGUCUGCUUUUCAUAGAUGAUAAGAACGAUACGUACGAUGUUGAUACUGUACAGAAAAAGGAUGGAGAAGGAUUGGACAAUACUAGAGAAGAACUGAAUGGUGAUACUUUCGUGCUGGACAGUAUCAUAUCGCCGGCGGAUGUUGGUAGAAGUGAAGAAACUUUUGAUGUGGUGAAAGGUGUAGCACCGAGGGAGGAACAAGCGAGUCGAACGUUUGUCAAAGAUGAGGUUGAAUCUCCACAAGCAAAUACAGAAGAUUCCAAGGAUAGUUGGGAGAGUGGCGGCGGUUGGUUCCUGCAUCCUCAAACUUACAAUGAAUGCCCUAGUGGAGAACUGCAAAUUCAACCCACAACUUCCGACAGUUACGUAGGAUUUGGUAUCGACGAUGAGAUCAUGUCAGCGAUAAGGAAUGAGUUAUUGAGUAAACUGCCUCAUGCUCAGGGCUCAUCAAGUGAAAGAGUUAAAGAUGAUGAAGAAGAAUGGGAUACUUGUGAGAGAAACGAAGUCUUCCUGAAGUAUAAUGUUUAUAAUACUCCACUAUCGCCAAUCCCAGAAGAAAGCUGCACAGAUGAAUUGUCUGGCUUGCAUUCGCCCAAGCAAGAAAAUGCGGACAGCGACUGGUCAGAACAAGGGGAAGAUGAAGCUCUACCACAAGACACUGGAAGCAUCUCUCCCCGAACGCACGAUAGCCCUUGUAAAGGGCAGUUGCAUAGGCAUACGCCCAGUCAAGACUCUUGUUGUUCCAACGAUACACUUUUUAACUUGGAAGAGCUGAUCGCCGUUGAAAAAGAAGGAGACAAUCCUCCAAAGAUGACACAAUCCGUCGAGGAUGGCAGACUGGGUGAUAGAGGGGAUAGUGAUUCCGAAAAUUUGAAUAAGACUGAUUCCGAAAACGCCAACCGGACUUACGUAAUCGAAGACGAAAAAUCGGAAGAAUCGACGUUAAAUUGCAAGAUGCCAUCGGAAACGGAGAAACCUCAGAAGUGCACAAUCGAAAUUUUUCUAACGCAAGAAAGAGACCACUCGUCUAGACUUCUGUUAGAGUUUCAAGAAGAGACCAGCAAUGAAAAUGGAAUAGUGUUAUUGGACGCGGACGAACGUUCAAAAUCUGAGAUGACUGAGGAGAAUGAAAGGCGAUCGUUCAAGGCCCAAGAACAAUCAAAGGAGGAGAACGGAAUGUUAUCGUUAGAGCCUCAAGAACAGUCAAAAUCUGAGUCAACCGAAGAGAAUGGGCCUCUAUUUCCUGUAGGACAAUUGGUACCUUUACCAUCACCUGAGGACAACCCCUGGAGACAGUUGCCAGCGUCUUUACUAACUUACAACACGGCCAUUGCACAGACGACAAAUCCGUUUUUACAUGAUGCCCAGCCAGUACCUGAAUCUGAUAAAGAUGAUCUCGAGAUUGACGAAAGUCCCCCAGAAUCACACGAAAACUUGCCCGAAACCAACUUGGACAGCAUCGAAAACGAAGAUGUAAGAGAUGAGAGGGAAUACGAAGACUUUGUGAACAUGGAGAAUGCGAAAAACAGCCUGGAAUAUAGCAACCUAACUGAAAAUAACGAAUACAUUUACGAUCGCACCGAAAACGAUAACAGUGAUGAUGAGAAUAUUUACGGGAUUUUGACUGAUAUUAGGUUCAACGGACCUUCGGACGCUCAGCUCAUGUCUACUUCAUUUAGCGAAAGCAACAAUUGUGAUGACCAAGAAUGGGACAGUGGCUCAGAGUCCAGAUCCAGUUCUAGUGGUGAAUUCAUUUGGAAGGAAGGGGAGCAUGAAGAGUCUUUGAAGGCCUUAACAGCUGCUCCUCAAGAUACGAUGGAAGAUAUAAAGCCAAUGGAAUGCAUUACGGAAGGUGCCAAUGAAGAAAGUGAUAUUAGCAGUACAUUUAGUGAUGAUGAAGACGGAGAAACUCCAGAAUUUGUGCCGUCAGCUUGGGAUAAAUUCGCAAUGCCAGGGAAAUCUGCCUUGAGAUCUCCAGAGAAGAUUCCCAAAAGAAGCGAAGAGAAAAAAUCCAAAGCAGUAUGGUUCAAAAAGCAAAAAUAUCAGUGUGUUUAUGAAUAUCCAAAGGAGCCAGACAGCCCAGUAUCACAGACAACAGAAUUGUGGAAGCCACCAUCACAAGCAGACUACACCGCAUUCAUAGAUUGGGACUUUGAUGGAGAGUCGAAUAUGUCCCAGCCUGAGGAAAACGAGAAAGUAUCAUACUACCCCAAAUCGAACACUAUUUAUAAUAAUCUCUAUCAACUAAUCAGUAUUCCAGAUUUCCUGCCAAAAGAUACGGGUAUGGAAGACGAAUUCUUCAUCAGCAGCUCCGCCCGCCCUUUCGACCUACGUAACAGCUUAAGUUCCCAGUUCUUCCCUGGGAACAGCGGCUGGCCAGAUAGCGCUACCCCGGAUAGCGGUCUGGAAGAUUUUACGCCCAGUGGUGUCCAAAAUGAAGACAGGUUUGCCAAAUGUGUGCCAAGUUUGAAGCAACUCGCUUCGGACGCUGUUAAUAAGAAGAAGCAGAUGGAGAAGAACAGGGAGAAUCUAGGAGGAUUGAGGCAUCAGAAGAAUAAGUUAAAGUUGGACCUGCCGCCUAGUCCGAGCGCGUUUACGUCGGAGAAAUUGUUUACUAUUGAUCCGCCAUCAUUGGAGCCUGUGAUUAGGGAGAAGCCGACGUUUACUACUUUCGGGAAGAGCAGAUUCCAUGUUCAACACGUGGACACCCCUUCCGACGACCCAGACUCCAAAAAUGUCUCUUUCGAGGCGCUACCCUACAAACCUCUCCAAGAAAUCCAACUGAAAGACAACGAGAAAGAAUUCGUACGAAGUCAGAAACUCAGGAGGGAUACUCAAGACAUGGAGAGGAACGUCAUCAAAACAGAGAACUCAGACAUUUGCAAUCUGAAAAUGGAGAUUGUUAGAGGGGAAGCCAGCCUACUGGAUAGCGCGGAUGAAGACAGCGGGAUUGAGUCCAGUACUUUGGAGCGAAAGUUAAGCGCCACUUAAAGGCUAUCUUAGUGCAUAUAUCGCUCUUAGAUACUACUAAUCACAAGGUAGAAUUUAUUUAUUCAGGAUUUUAAAGCGUUUUUAUUAUUAUAGCAGGUUACAGUCGUUUAAAAUUUAUUUAUUUGUAUAUUUUUUUAUUUCUAAAGAACACAGUAAAACUGUGCAGUAUAAAACUUGGAAUGAAAAUCUAAACAAAUAUUUCUAAAAUGUAAUCUGAGAUACUUCAAAAGGCACGAAGAAACUUAUUUGAUGCUAGAAACCUAAAUUCUUGUAUAUAUUUCUUUGAUUUUGCUGGAAUUCAGUGACCAACGCCGCUUAAAAAACAAAAAUAUUUUGCGUCAGUGGAAGUUUUCCGAGAAUUAAUAUUUUUAAUUUUGCCUAAUGUCCAAAACAAUAAUAAAAUGUUUGAUUUGUGAUAGAUUUGAAUGUGCAUCGCCAUCUUCAGGCUGAUUUUUUAUGUGUUUUAUUACUAUUGUUUCUUUUGUAAGUCCAAAAUCUGCCGGAUAACUGUGCCAAGCUAAGCUAUGUGGUCAAAGUUUUAUUUUUAUCAUAAAUUUUUAACAACGAAUUUAAUUCGCCAAUAUUCCAGACUUUAAACCUAAUGAAAAUCUAACCUUGAGGUUAUUUUAGCUGUGACUCACAGGGCUUUUGUGGCUAUACAAUGGGUUGAGAAGCAGUGACUCACUGCAUUGUCUCUUGCAUCUCAACCAAAAAAAAUUGUGUGCCAAUACUUUUUUGAACCACUGUAUGUCUCUCACUUUCACAGUGUCACAGCUCGUUGCGACUUAUCAAAUAAAAAACAUUGUAACUUCUACUUCUACAGGAACCUUUCUGAUUGGCUAAUCUGACUCCAACCAUCUUUGUGAGUAAUAUUUUCGUUUGAUGAAUCCAGAAAGGAGCCUAGUGUCUAUAAAAUUUUGGAUUACUUAAAUGGUGAUGUGGGUUUUGUUUACGUAGUUUCAAAUUCGACACGUUUUGUGAUAAAUUUUGUUAAUAUUAAAUUUGAAUAUAUUUUUUUAAUUGUGUAACAUUUUAGUAUUCAAUUCCUAUUUUUAGCUUUAAUAAGCACCUGAGGGUUGUACUUUAAACGAAUUAUUUGGAUUGUCGCCUGAAUAUAUUUAUCUGAAAUUGUGUUAAAAAUUGUUUGUUUUUGGUUGAAGGUAUACAGGGUGUGCUUAAAAUACCUGUUAUAGUAUAAAGAGCUUGCCAAUAAGGACUGGUCUAUAUUGAAAUGACGUAAAACAAACUCUGUGAAAAGUAUUAACAAAAUACUUUUUUUCUUUGAAAACUCCAUCUGUCAUCAUAUGUGAAAUAUGACAUAAUGAUGUCAUGUUCCAUAUACAAUGCUUGCCCCUACUUAUUUUUUGAUCGGGUCAAAUUAGAAAGCUUAAAUUCGGGGUAAUGAAAUUGAUAUGUGGAUACUGUUUCAGCAUAAAAGCGGCAGUUGAACAUUUUAAGAUGGAUGCUGAGCACCAUUUUGGAACAUUAUCUGAAAAGUAUCGCUUACUGACAUGUCUUAAUAAUUAAUAUCUCUCAGACUACUUGUUUUAGUCUUAAAAUUAUCUACUCGCCCUUUAUUGGAAAACCCUUUAUUAAAAAAAACGAUGACAAUGAGAUUGGCGUAUCAACAUUUUCCAGGCAACAAUCGACAUCCAACUAACUGUUAAAGCUUUUUUGUUGAUUAAUGUUACUUAAGUGUUGUCGUUUUGUAUUUGUGUAUUGUUCUGUUGGAAUAAUGAUCGCGCGUGUACACGAGGACAAUAGUGACUUCCAGUCGUGGUUGCCAUUAGUGGCCGGCAGUAGUUUGGCUUGUAUGUAAACCCAAACCGAAGAUUGACAUAUUCCACCAGAAGGCCCGAUUCAAUUGAAAACUGUGUCUGUGCAAAAACGAAACAUUUCUACCGUGAUAAUGGUUUGUUCAAAACUCUAAGAGUCAGAUUUAUAACCCUUACUUGAAGCUUCUUUUGAAGCAAUGGAUCUCUCCUUGGAAACUGAAACGAUGACGCUUCCUUGAGGAACUUCAAGGGAACAGUUGUGAUCACAAGCUGUCAUUGAUGUCAGAUGCAUUUGAUCGAGAUACUAGAGAAAUUUAAAGGGAUCAUUGAAAAUGAGAACACACAGCAGCAAAGCAGAUUGGUGCCAGUGGUUGCCUAUAUUGUUUUUCACUUCUCUGUGAUUGCACUGUAAUUUUAGGAAGCAAACACAUUAUUUUUUUCAUUGUUUAUUUAUAUUUAGCACAAAUAAGCCAAAUCGGCUCAAUUUUAUCAUGACAAUGCUAAAUAGAUACGGCUAGCAAAGAAAAAUCUUUUUGACAUUGAUGCCAGCUUGGGAUGACAACUGUUACAGCCUACUGCGAAGUGAAAAUUUAAAUCUAUCUUGAACGUUCCUCGAGCAAGUGUUAUUGUUUCACUGUUUCCAAUGAAAGAUCUCUUUUCAAGGCAGCCUCAAGGAACCUCUAUAAAUCUGACCUUUAAGACUUAUUACGAUUCCAAGUUGAAUUUUUCAUGAGCUUGUUAAUCCCUUUAAAUUCUUCGAAAUAGCAGUUAAUUGUGCAUAGUCCGGGUACCUACCGAGGGACGCACAGCUUUGGACUAGAAAAAAUGCAUUCUAGUAAUGGGUCAGUUCGAAAAACUGUACCACCGAUUUCAUCGGUAUCUAAGAAGCACGCUGUUACCUAGCUGGCGUCAAGGAUAGUUGUGUGAUUGUAUUGUGUAUAGGAGGAAGAACAAUCAACCAAGAUCACAGCAUUUAGGACGCUUGUACGUCCUCCACAGGGGUCACUCAGAUCUGUAUCGUCGGACAAUUAUAACAGGUGGUGAUGCGAUCCAGCGGAGUUUCCCUCACACUAGCCAUACAGGGCCAACGUUAACUAUGAUCAUUUGUCAGAAUAUUUCGAGCAUCCGGCAAAAUUAUUGCAAAGUGUACUUUUGAAACUUUAUUCUCAAACUUUUCACAAUGGUAAAUACCUUUUUCCAAUUAAUACAAUCAACAUCUUGCCUAUCUAAUCCCUUUUUGCCUCUAAGUGUGGAUUUUUCCACGUUAACCAUGUUUGAGAGUAAUAAUUUUUCAAUUUUUCAUAAUUAUAAUUUUGAUGUUGACAUGGUGGAUUUUUGUCACUAUUCCUUUGAACUACUGUACCUGUUCGAUUAGAUUUGUAACACGGCCAACUUAAUACUAUGGGGUUGUCCAAAACGGACGCAGGAAAGUAAACGCAUAUUAAAACAAGAAAGAUUGAUAUUCAAAUCAAGUUGGGUACUUUAUUUUGAAGGUUCAUUUAUACCAUUUAUGUAUGAAAAAUAAUAUCGCUCAAAUGUUCACCACGACUGGAUUUACAGACGUCCACGCGAUGGUCGAAAUUUUCAAUGACAUUUUGCAACAUGGUCGGUUCUACGGCAUUUAUCUCGGCAAUGAUGUUGUUUUUGAGUUCUUGGAGGGUGGCUGGUUUGUUGACGUAGACUUUGCUUUUCAAGUAUCCCCAUAAAAAGAAGUCCAAGGGAGUCAAAUCGCACGAUCUUGGUGGCCAUGGCACAUUUCCUCUGCGCGAAAUCACGCGAUCACCGAAGAAGGACUGCAAUCGAUGGAUAUUGACGUUGGUUGUGUGGCAUGUUGCACCGUCUUGUUGGAAAUAAACAUCGUCCAUAUCCAUUCCUUCAAGUUGCGGCAAAAAAUAGUCCUCUAUCAUCAAGUGAUAUCGCUCAGAAUUGACGGUAACGGCGUUCCCGGCCGCAUUUUGAUGAAAAAUUGGCAUCAAUUUGGUGGUGUUCAAGGAGCCAAUCUGAGAACGUUCGGCGCGAAAAAUGGUCGGCCCGACGCAGCUCUUGCGUCAAUUGGAUCUUGUAGGCGUGUACAUUCAAAUCCUUGUGGAGAAUGCGGAGCAAACUGUUUCUCGAAAUGCCCAAUUCUUGGGAUCGACGCGUUGUUGAUUGUUUCGGAUUGUCUCUCACACUCUCCUUCACAACAGCAAUAUUUUCCGGUGUGCGAACGCUCCUUGGCCAGCCAGAGCCUGGCAGAUUUGCCACAGAACCUGUUGCCUCGAAUUUACGCACAAGACGACCGAUGGUUGUUUCGUUUGGCCGGUUGUUGCGACCGAAAUGUUCACGAAGCGCGCGAAACGUGUUUUUUAUUUUUGCACCAUUUUUGUAGUGCUCUUGAAUAACUUUAAUGCGGUCUUCAAUCGAAUACGACUCCAUAGCGAUCAAUGGUAAACAUUCAACUAAAAAAAAUGACAUGUCGGUGACAGAAAACAAAGAUGGCGUCUACGUCAAAGUGACGUUUACUUUCCUGCGUCCCUAUUGGACAACCCUUUAUAUUACCAAAAAAAUAUCCGAUAUGACAUGAGACACUUUGAAAAGUCUAGUGUCUCAUAGAUGCUGCAGUGGCUAAAUAUACUCAUAGUCAAUCUCGGUUCAUCUAGGGAGGAAUGUCACAAUCUGCUCUCUGGAUCCGCCCUUGGGAGAUAGUUACUGGCAGUCACCAGUGUAGGUCACGACAAGUACAACUUAUAGCCACUAUUCGUCAUCGUGUACACGCGCCUUAACUGAUGUACAAACUGAAACUCGACGUCCAAUAAUUGAUAAUUGUUGUCUAAUGUAGUAUUGUAGCAUUUUUAUAUGAGCAUGUUCUUUUAAGGUACGACCGAUUAGAUUUUUUUGAUUUUGUUCUAUUAUUGUAACUGAUCGUUUCGUCAAGUUAUUGUAGAUAUUACAGGACCGUAUCGGACCUUUGUAUGUGAUUGGUUUUAGUAUUUCUUUUAUUAGUAACCAGAAUUGUAAUAUAUAAUAAUCAGUG